AUGUGGGAGCGGAUUUCUGAUUUUUACCACGAAUAUAAGAAACCACAUAAUGUGAACCAUUCGGUUGGGUCAUUGAUCAAUCGUUGGUUCAUGAUUCAAAAAUACACAAAUAAGUUUUUUGCAUAUUUAGCACAAGUUGAGUCAUUGCACCCGAGUGGUGCGACCGAGCAAGAUAAGAUUGAAAGAGCAAAGAUAUUGUACAAAGAGAUGGAACGAGGGAACUUCACAUUAGAGCAUUCUUGGAAUCUUUUGAGGCACCAACCCAAAUGGCAUCAACACAUGAGUACGCUGAAUAUGAGGAGAAAGCCUGUCGAUAGACAACCUUCUAAUGAGCAGUCAAGUGAAGUUUUGGGCAAUGUUGUGGAAGAAAAUGUUGAAAGGCCUGCUGGAAAAAAGGCUGAAAAGGAAAGCUUGAAGAAGCGGAAGGCACAAGAACAAUCUGAUGCUGAGUUCAACACGACAUUAGGAGCAAUGACCGAGGAUAGACGAUUGUUCAUGGCGGAGAGAAGAGAAUGGCAGACGAAGGCUGAUCGCGAUAGAGGUGCACAACUGGAUCUUGAUAAAAGAAAGUUUGAUGCUGAGAUGAUGGGCAAGGAUCUUUCUGGUAUGAAUGCCAUGCAGCAAACCUACUUCCGUAAAGUUCAGAAAAAAAUUUGGGAAGAGUCAAUGAGUGAUGAAGAUGGUAUAUCCGAAUGA